UCUCCUCUUCUCAAACUUCAUAAAGAUAUCUUUUAAAAAAAAGGAGAAGAUAGAGGUAAUUAGUUAUAGCAAUGGAUCAACAACAUUCCACUUGUUUUUCUUCUUCAAGCAAAAUUAAUGACAAAGAAAAGAAGAAAAAAAGAUCAGUUGUGAAACUAUCAACUGAUCCACAAAGUGUAGCAGCUCGUGAAAGAAGGCAUAGAAUCAGUGAUCGUUUCAAGAUUUUGCAGAGUUUAAUCCCUGGUGGUUCAAAAAUGGACACAGUUACCAUGUUAGAAGAAGCAAUUCACUAUGUCAAAUUUCUCAAGACUCAAAUAUGGCUGCAUCAAACCAUGAUUAAUAUUAUAGAUGAUUAUGAUAAUCCAAAUUAUCAUCAUCCGUUGCUAAUGGCUCAUGACUCUAUUUUUGCUAAUUAUUAUCCUCAUGAGAAUAACCCAACUCCUGUUGAGAAUGCACAAAUAAAUUAUAACUUGGAUCAGCUGCAGCUUCCAGGUUAUGCAGUUUCAGAUGGAGAUCAAUUCCAAGGAGAAGAAACUAAUAUUUCUGGUGAUGCUUUUAUGUACUAUUAGUUAGUUAAUUAUGUCGCCUAAGUUUAAUUAGAAUACGUAGUGUGUGGUAGUAAGGUAUGUUAUUUCUAUGCAGCAGCUUAAAGAUGGCUUUGUGUUAAUUAAUUAGAUGUAGUAAAUUGUAAGUGUUGGUUUAGUUGAUUAAGUAUGUUGCAAGUUUUUUUCACUGAUCAAUUAAUCAAGUGAAUUUGUGAAAAA